UUCGAACGCGUAUCCACGUAAGUACAAAUACCUAUUAAAACUUGGUGUUGUAGUUGUACUGGCACCUCGGGAUUAUCCUAGAGAAGAAACAUGGCGACGCCGCUGAUAAGUUUGAACAACGGAAUGAAAAUGCCGGCGUUCGGUUUGGGUACGUGGCAGGCUGCUACAGGGGAAGUCGGUGAAGUUGUGAAACAAGCCAUAGAAGCCGGGUAUCGUAUGUUCGAUUGCGCUUGGUUGUACAGCAACGAAAAAGAAAUCGGCGAAGGACUGAGGGAGAAAAUUAACGACGGAAGCGUAAAGAGGGAAGAUUUGUUCGUAGUUACCAAAUUAUGGAACACAUUUCAUCGCGAGAACGAGGUCGUGGCUGCCUGUAAAGAAUCGCUUAAGAAUUUUGGUUUGGAUUACGUCGAUUGUUAUUUGAUACAUUGGCCUUGUUCUCAACGAUUAACGGGCGAAUUAAAUCCCACGUUACCUUUCGCUAAUGCAGUUGAUGAUGAAUACGAUUUCACCAAAACAUGGAAAGGGAUGGAGGAGUGCGUGCGAUUGGGGCUUGCUAAAAGCAUCGGAUUGUCCAAUUUCAAUUCACAACAAGUUAAAAGAAUCAUGGAAAAAUGCACCAUAAAACCUGUAGUCAAUCAGAUCGAAGUGACACCUUUCCUUAACCAAAGAAAACUGAUUAAAUUUUGCAAUGAUUUGGGCAUAAAAAUUAUGGCCUAUUCACCUUUGGCUUCGCCAACUAGAGGAUGGCUCAAACCCGGAGAUCUGGUACUUUCAUUCAACGAUCCUAAAUUAUUAGCUAUAGGAAAUAAGUAUGGUAAAACCGGCGCUCAAGUAGUACUGCGCUAUGUUUACCAACAAAGUACUAUUCCUAUUCCAAAAUCUUCCAACGCUCAAAGAUUAAAACAAAACAUAGACAUCUUCGAUUUUGAACUAACAGACGAAGAACUACGUACUAUUGAUCAAUUUAAUUGCGGCGUAAGAGUGUGCAGCGCAGAAGACAUGAUCAACAAUUCUGAAUAUCCUUUCAAUUUUAAAGAAUAAAUAAUCAACUCACCUCCAUUUCUUCAAUUCGAUCCAUAGAAUAGUAGGCUACUUGGUAACCGUUCAAUCCGGAGUGGUUCCUGCUUUGCCACGACACCAGCACGGAAAACGGUUGGAUAUCUUGAAUGCCCAAUUUCACAACCAUCGGCUGAUCGCAAAACUGUUCCGGAUCCAACUCGAGAAAAACCCUCCCGCGAAGUUCCGGCGGAUGUUCGCAACGAAGUUCCAGAGUAUCCGUACGUUCGACUAGUUUCUGAUGGUCGCGCAGCCACUCCCACAAUUCCUGGGAAUCGCAAUUGCAGGAUAGGGGAUUUUCUGAAAUUGUUUAAUCAAGAUAAACAACAUUGUACACCUACUGUUUUAUGGUAAACAACUCCUUAGGGAGUUUAAAAUUGUUUCGUUAAUAAAGCCAUGAAUUUAUUGCUCA